CGUUCUGCUCUUUCCACCUGUGGGCAAUUACCGCCGUUAUCUCAUCCACCAAACAUGUGAAAAAUACCGCCAUCAGUACGAUCUGUUCACCUUCUCAGUGGGCCAAGGGCCGCAGCGCCGCACCGUCCUGUGCUUUCGCAAUCAACUCCUUGAUCCCAACGGCUUUGAGGCCCGCAAGCAGCAGCAACAGCAGACGCGUGGGCGGGACAAAGAUAGAGAGGCAGCGAAGAGCUGGCGGAGCAACAACAAUUCUCACACGAACGGCAGAAGCAGCAGCGCCAGCAGAAGAAACUUAACGGAGCUCUGUAAGAUGGGCGUUAAGAAGCAUAUCAGCGAAACACCAUUAAGCAAAUCGAACUCGGUGGAUUUAUACAGACCGCCAGCCCUGAGGAACAACCAUAGCAAUAACAACAACAGCAGCAGCGAGGAAGCAGCUGCAGCGAACGAAGCAAUAGUAACAUCAUUAGCUGCAGGAACAGCAACCACUGCAACUACAAGUCCUACCUCUAAGGAAUCCCCGAACAGAGAGCAACAGGCGGACGCCUCAGCAGCGGCGACCCGUCGCGAACGCCGUCCCGAUCGCUUGGUUUAUGUGCCAAGGGCACGUCGCAGUCAAACUACACCACCGACCACAACAACAACGACAGCAGUAGCAGCAGCAGCAACAGCGGUUGCAACAACAGCAACAGCACCACCAACGGCCACAGCAACAAUUACAGCAACGGAAUCUCCGCCAGUUGCAGAUACAAACCCGAGCAAAGCGGACGACGCCAACGGUCAGCAGCAGUUGUCCAAAUCGAAGAAAUCCAAGUCACAUCGCGAGCGCAGAGAACGCGGAAAGAAAUCAACAGCUGUAUCUGCAUCUACAACAGCUACAACAGAUAACGCCACCGUACUCGUUAUAUCAGCAACUGAAAAUUAUACUCAAUCAAACGAAGAGAACCGUCAGGCCAAGCCAGCGGACUGUGAUAAGGAGAUCAUGAGCGGUGCCCAGCGUACAAAGCCAGCCGGCAAUGGCAACAAAUCAGCCAGCAAUGGCAAAACCCAGCCAUCGCCGCCAUUGCGCAUCGAGGAUGCGGUGGUGGCCAGGACCACCAACGGCGAGGAGGCGGCCAAAUGUGAUAACGAUGUGCGCGAAUUGCAGCGAGCCUCAAAGGAAAUCAACCGCAGCAAUCGUCGCAUCAUGAAACAAACCUUCAACUCAGAUGUACUAGAGAUUCCUGAGAAGAUCGAGACAUCAGCACCUAAGGCAAUCCAAUCUCCUCAAGCAUUGGCCACAGCGAAACCACCUGCAGACAGCACCACCGAAGAUGAUGACGAGGAGGACGAGGACGACUGGGAGAACAUGUUCGACGAGAGCGGUGACUGCCUGGAUCCCAAGAUACUCCAAGAACUGAGCGAAUCCGUGGGCAAGUGCAAAAUAGAGCUGCCCAAAAUGGACUACACAGUUUUUCACAUCAAGCAACAACUGCUUAACGAAGAGGAGUUUCCACACGUUCUGGAGGUCUCCAAUUUCCCUGUGGAAUUCAAAACUCCCGACCUGCUUAUGCUUUUCGCCCAGUACAAGGGCAGUGGCUUCGACAUCAAAUGGGUGGACGAUACUCAUGCCCUGGCUGUGUUUAGCAGUUCCCGCAUCGCUGCUGAGGUACUGACGAUGGGACAUCCGUUUGUCAAGUUGAAGCCACUGGCAGAGGCCACUCUGGAGUCACGACUGAAGGCAAAGAAGGCCGGUGCCGUAUCGUUGCAGCCGUAUCGCCAGCGACCGGAAACGUGCACGGCCUUGGCCCGGCGACUGGUGUCCGGUGCAUUGGGGGUCAAACUGCCCACGGCGCCGCAGGAGCGGGAGAACGAGAGGCGGGUACUACGCGAAGCCAAAGAACGCAAACUGUUAGCUGCCAAACAGCGGGACGAAGUCUGGGAGAGCUAGACCACGGAUCCGGAAGCAGGCUAGGUGCAUUUUUUCUCAACUCAUCAACAAUAAGUGCGAUGCGUCAGCACAACCACAACAUGAAGAUCAACAACAACAACAAACACUACCAACCAUUAAAUCCCACUACAAAAAAUUUUCUCAAUCAAAGCUAGCAAAAUAAAUGCGUAACUUGCAUGCUAAGCAAUGUUCGCUUUAAAUGUUCGCUUUUUGUGCAAUUAACACCAGAUUUUUGCUCAAUUUGUUGUAGUUUUUAGUGGAUGCAUGAUAAUGAUUAUAUCAUCUAGGCCGUAAGAGAGAAAUAUCUAUAUUUAUUGGUCGUAGCAAGUAAACAUGCAUAGAUACGUGUUGUUUUAA